AUGGUGGUGGAGGUGGGUCAUGGGUGGCUAUGGACAACGCUCGCGGUCAGCCAUGGACGACUAGCUCGCGGCUUGGAACGAGCGGCUCACGACUCAUCCAUGGCUGUUGUCGGCACCAUUCUGCCAAUUAAAGUUGGCUCGGUCAACACUAGCGACUCUACCGGUGGCAAGGGAGUCAUUUCUCAACUCCAACCCAUCUCCCGCACGCCAUGGCUCACUCCAACAUUAAUCUUCUUCAACCUCUUUCAAUUCUUCUGCUUCUUCAACAUCUUAAUCACCGCAAAAUCGGAGACCUUAUUCGCCCGGAAAUUAUCGCCAUCAGAUCAAUCAGGCCUCAAACCCAAGACGCUGACUCAUCUUAGCUUCUAUCUCCACGACAUCCUCACCGCGCAACACCCGACGGCUGUGAUCGUCGCCCAGGCCGCAAUGACUAACCAGUCGCUUGUCGGGAGGGCCCAUGGGGUGUAUGCAUUGUCAUCACUAACGGAGCACAUCCUCACAAUGACGAUCAACUUGGUUUUCACCGCAGGGGAGUGCAAUGGGAGCACCUUGAGCGUGCUAGAGCAAAACCGGAUUCUCACUCAGCUGAGGGAGCUCACGGUCGUCGGAGGAACCGGCGUUUUCCGACGGGCUCGUGGUUACAUUCAAGUGAGCACUUACUCCCAUGACGCGAAGACGAAGAAUGAUGUUAUAGAGUACGAUGUGUACGCGCAACAAUAUUGAACAAGAAGCACCACCAUGCAUGCGUGAUGAGAAUAAAAGAAGUUUUAUUUUGUCCCUGCUCGCUCAAACACUUCAUUUCCACGAGGCCGUGGGAGGGACU